AUGAAGAUUGAGAUGAUGAAUGGGAGAGAGAGAGAGAAAAGCUUGAGUGAAGAUGAUGAUGAGUGUUGUUGUAGAUGUUGAGAUGUUGAUGUUGCCAGUGUAAACUAAAGUGGUUUUUAUCGCUAUUAUUUGAUACUUUGAUCAUCGUCAUCAUCUUCAUCUUAUCAUCAUCAACAUUGUCCUACUAUGUCCUACAUGUCCUAUGAUACUUUUUAUCCAAAUGGUGGACCAUCAACAUGGUCAGCAUAUCCACCGCCAUCAUCAAUUGCAUCAUCAACAACGAUCACCAAUCAACCACCUUUAUCAACACCAAGUGGACAUCAUAUUGGUGGACCCUAUGGGUCAACAACAACUGGACCAAAAGGAUUACCUCCAGCUUACCAACAGCGACGUAAACGUCGCGUCCUUUUCACCCAACAACAGGUCUAUGAACUAGAAAAACGAUUUAAGACUCAACGAUACUUGUCAGCGCAAGAACGUGAACAUUUAGCAUCAAUCAUUUCUCUAACACCCACUCAGGUGAAAAUAUGGUUUCAAAAUCAUCGGUAUAAGUGUAAGAGACAAGCCAAGGAAAAGGCCAUGUCCGAAUCACCAGGUUCAUCGAGUCAAAUAAAUUGUAAUGAUAACCAUCAUGAUAAUCACCAUGAAAAUCAUAAUCAUCAUCAUGAAAACAAUAAUAAUCAUCAUCAUCAUAACCAUAACCAUAAUCAUCAUCAUCUUCAUUCAUCAAAUGGUUCAUCUUCACCAAGGAAAGUUACAAUUCCUGUUUUAGUUAAAGACGGUAAAACAUUAAUAUCCAAUACACCUGAUACAAGUUCACCUCCAACCAGUGAUGAGCAUUUUGUUAAAUCGGAAAUAAUAAUAAAUUCUGGACUUCAAGGUCAAACAACAUCGUCUUUACCCCCACAUCCCAGUGCAUCUUCCCUACCACCGCCACCACCACCACCUCCAUCAUCGUUAGGCUCGUUUCACCAUCAUCAUUCCCAACAAUCAGUAGCCGCACACGCCGCACACGCCGCAGCCGCCGCUGCCGCAUCCUAUCAUCACCACCACCACCAUCAUCAUCCUUUCACUGGUCCAAUUAACCCGAACUUGGGUCCAUCUUUAUGUAGCCCCUUUGGAUCAACCAACACUUUUCAUCCCUUGGCUCCUCAUCAAGUAUUAGGUGAUCAUCAUGAUUCAGUUCUGAGAGGUUGGUGAAUCAACAAAUUAAAAAUAAAAAACACACAUCAACAAUAAUUACCUGUAAUAAUAAUAUAAUUAAUAAAUUAACAUACACCAUUUAUCA